AUGCCGUACGAGAUUGGACUGAGCACGCCUACUGUGCCCAAUCGCGGCUUCACACUAUGGAUCUGGAGUGUGGUCAUGGUGAUUCUGGCCGGCUUCUUUGUGAUGGGCCGGUUUGCGAUUCGGUUUCGCAAUCGUCAUAUUGGGGCCGAUGACUGGAUCAUCCUGGCGUCGCUGAUAUCAUCUGUGUUGCUGUCGGUGACCGAAUGUUCGGCGGUGCAUUAUGGAUAUGGAAAACACUCAAAAGACAUCGAUGUGCAUGACCGAGUCAUCGCCCUGAAGUGGUUCUUCGCCGCCCAAGUCAUGUACAAAGUCGUCAUCACUGUGAACAAGAUCUCCUUCUUGUGUCUCUAUCUUCGGAUCUUUAUCCAGCCCAUCUUUCGCCGUGUCUGCUACGGCGGGGUUGUGUUUCUUGUCGCCUGGGGUCUCGCCUAUAUACUCGUUACCAUCUUCCAAUGCACCCCCGUUGCCUCGUUCUGGGACAAGAGCAUCACCCAGAAGACUUGCGUCAACAGCAAAACGCAGUGGUUGUCAUAUGCCGUCAUCAACAUCCUUAGCGACGUGGCUAUCCUCGCGCUGCCGCUGUACCCUAUCUCGAAACUACAUCUGGCGCGCGGGAAGAAGAUUGCUUUGGCAGUGUUAUUCAGCAUGGGGACAUUUGUCUGCGCAACGAGCAUCGUCCGUACAACCACUCUUGCAGAAUCAGCCGACAACAAAGAUCCUACCAGCGGCCCCAUCCCCGCUACAAUCUGGAGCGUUAUCGAAGCCAACGUUGGUAUCAUCUGCGCCUGUCUUCCCGUCUACAACCAACCGCUGCAGUGGUGUCUCCCACGCCUUUUCGGUUCUCAGCACUCGGCACACCCCUCCAGACGCAGUCGAUCACACGGUAGAGGACAGAAUACCCCUGGGAGUGAGCAGUCCUUGCAGGAUCGGAAGGAUAUGGCCUGGGGUGAGCUCCCUGGUAGCGGUGGGAGUUAUUCGAAUAAUGUGUCGACGCAGGGGUUCGAGAUGUGUGACAUCGAAGGCAGGAAGGCGGACACGAAUGAAAUCAUGCAGAUGAUGGAUGUGAGGGUCUCGUAUCAGGAUGAUCAGAGGUCGGAUGCGUCCUCGAGGCCCUUCAGAGGGAGAGACGAGGUUUGA